AUGUGUGAAACUCCAACAUCAUUAUUAGUUAUUGGAGCUGGUCUACCGAGAACUGGAACGAUGAGUAUGAAAAAAGCAUUGGAAACAAUUUUCUCUCAACCUUGUUAUCAUGGUUUUGAAAUUAUGACCGGCAGACCAUGUGACAUUACCAAAUGGCAAAUGCUUGUCGACGAGGUACGAACGACACAUUGUGAGAAUAAAAUACACAGAUAUUUGAGUGAGAUAUUGGAUUGUUAUGUAGCUGUGACUGAUGUUCCAUCAUGUGCAUUCUACAGAGAGCUGAUGAAUAUACAUCCAUAUGCGAAGGUUGUGCUAACAGUACGCGAUAAGUACGAUUGGUUGAACAGCUUCAGGCAAGUUAUAAUGCCAAAAUCAGAUGACCCGAGUAAAAAGCAAUUUGAGGAAGCGAAAAGACUUGCAGGAGUCCCACUUGAAUGGGAUAAGCUUCUUACUGAUUCACUAAAACUAGCAUUUCAGAAGGAAGAUAUUGAUUUUGAUGAUGAUGCAAUGUUACUUGAAUGUUACGAAAAACAUAUUGAAACUCUUCAAGAAAAUAUACCACCUACACGUCUUCUGAUACAUAGACUUGGAGAUGGUUGGGAACCAUUGUGUAGAUUCUUGAAUGUGGAUAUACCAGCUAACAUACCAUACCCUAAGAUGAAUCAACUGUCGGACAUGAUGAAGCUAAGGGAUUUGAUAAAGAAAUUUGGAUCGAUUGAAGAAGUCGCUAGAAUGCAUCCAGGAAUUAUGUAA